ACGCAUACAUACAUAACCAUAUAGCAGCGUCUCCUUGGUGCAUAAUUUCUAGAUCCAAGUAAUCCCAUACACAGAAGCCAUGGACGCCAUAGAUUCAGUCUUCGAUCCACUCAGAGACUUCUCCAAGGACAGCUAUCGUCUUGUCAAGCGUUGCCACAAGCCCGAUCGCAAAGAAUUCACCAAGGUUGCGUUCCGUACAGCCGUCGGAUUCGUGGUGAUGGGAUUCGUUGGCUUCUUCGUCAAGCUCAUCUUUAUUCCUAUUAACAACAUCAUUGUCGGCGCUGCUUGAGUUUUGUAGGGGAUGGAUGCAACAUCAUACAGCAACACUUGAAGGACUAGCUACUUGAUUUGGGAAUAGAAAUCUUUCAUUGUAUUUCUUAGGUUAAUCUUUUUCCAGUCUAUACGUUCUUUCAAUAGUUAUGUGUUAUUAGUUUGUUAGAACUUGAUGAACUUUUUCCCAUUUUGGUGGCAACUUACUGUAGAGUCCAUCACGGGUUGAUGGAAAAGAAAUUUGACUUUACAACAAUUUUAUGAAAUUAUAUGAUCAGAACCGGGUGAUGUCUGUUUUGAGAUGCU